AGGCGGGGUGACUCUGGGCCCCGCCCCGGAGGGCCGUUGCAAAAGUUUGCCAUCGGAUCCUCUGGGGCAGAGUCUGGGUGAGAGAGUUUAGGGGAAGGCGACAUGGUCCGGGUGCUGAGCGAGGUGGCCGGACGACCCAGAGGGAAACCUGAGACCACGAGCAACCUUCGGAGACCCUAGACUGGAGCCUUAGCUAAGAUACCGCAGGAUGCAGCCAGUCCAGAAACGCUUUGCAGACCGAGAGUCUAUUUUCUAUACUCUUGAUGGAUCCAGGUCUGCAGCCCUUCCGGAAUCCGCCACCACGGUCCCAAUUGUUUCCUGAAAUGAACGUUCCUGGAGCGCCCUCUCGUGGACUGUUGAAAUAACCAUCUGUCUAGAGGAAGUCAUGGCAACGCAUGCGCAGGGCCAUCAGCCCAUUUUAGGGAAUGAUACUCUCCGGAAACAUUACGAUUACGUGGGGAAGCUGGAAGGCAGGCAGGACCCCCCUGACGGUGGUACUCACACCACUACCAUCCUCUUCUUGGUCACCUGUAGUUUCAUCGUCCUGGAGAACCUGAUGGUUUUGAUUGCCAUCUGGAAAAACAAUAAAUUUCACAACCGCAUGUACUUUUUCAUUGGCAACUUGGCUCUCUGCGACCUGCUGGCCGGCAUCGCCUACAAAGUCAACAUUCUGAUGUCCGGUAGGAAGACGUUCAGCCUGUCUCCGACAGUGUGGUUCCUCAGGGAGGGCAGUAUGUUUGUAGCCCUCGGCGCGUCCACCUGCAGUUUAUUAGCCAUUGCCAUUGAGCGGCACCUGACCAUGAUCAAGAUGAGGCCCUAUGACGCCAACAAGAAGCACCGUGUGUUCCUUCUGAUUGGGAUGUGCUGGCUGAUUGCCUUCUCGCUGGGCGCCCUGCCCAUCCUGGGCUGGAACUGCCUGGAGAACUUUGCUGAUUGCUCUACCAUCUUGCCCCUCUACUCCAAGAAGUACAUUGCCUUCCUCAUCAGCAUCUUCACAGCCAUCCUGGUGACCAUCGUCAUCCUGUACGCGCGCAUCUACUUCCUGGUCAAGUCCAGCAGCCGAAGGGUGGCCAACCACAACUCUGAGAGAUCCAUGGCCCUGCUCCGGACUGUAGUGAUAGUGGUGAGUGUGUUCAUCGCCUGCUGGUCCCCCCUUUUCAUCCUCUUCCUCAUUGACGUGGCCUGCAAGGUGAAGGAGUGUUCCAUCCUGUUCAAGAGUCAGUGGUUCAUCAUGCUGGCUGUCCUCAACUCUGCCAUGAACCCUGUCAUCUACACUCUGGCCAGCAAAGAGAUGCGGCGUGCCUUCUUCAGGCUGGUGUGUGGCUGUCUAGUCACGGGCAAGGGGACCCAGGCCUCACCCAUGCAGCCUGCUCUUGACCCAAGCAGAAGUAAAUCAAGCUCCAGUAACAACAGUAGCCAUUCUCCCAAGGUCAAGGAAGACCUGCCCCACGUCGCCACCUCUUCUUGUAUCGCUGACAGAAACAGACCACUUCAAAACGGGGUCCUCUGCAAGUGACAAUCUCCAGAGGGCCAGCUCUGCAGCCACACUUAUUUAUUGCAUGCAUUACCCACGUGGGCUCUUAGAGACCUUGACAUUGGAGGUCUGCUUGGUGUGGGCACAGUGUGGGUACCUCCUGAGGAGGGGACCCAAGGAAUCAUCAACAUUUCAGCCUUGAAAUGGAUGUACCUUAUCUGUUGCCGGCACCAUCCUUCUGAAUGUACCAAGAUGCUGACAUCAUUCACUGCCUCUGGAUGCCGCUUUCCCCGGUCCAGGGAGAGGGCAGGUGGGGAUGUGUUGUGCACAGUGCACCUUGGGAUGAUGUUUCAUUUUUUUCACACUACAUUUAUUUCUUUCAUAGAAUGGGUGCUCAUGUAUGUGUUUGUCCGUUCCUGUGUGGCGUAGGAUGGGCACACCAGGCUUUCCCAGGUGGAACCCGCAGGAAGUAUCAGUCCUCCACGCAUUAUGUAACUGCCUCUCCAAACCCGCCCCCACUGCUGUACCAGGUUCAAGGUCACCACCAAGUGCAAAGGAGACGUGCCCCGUCCAGUCCUCUUGCGCUGGUACUCUUGCGCAUAGCAGUAAAACGUUACCAAAGCUCUGUAUUCUCAGAAGCCUCACCCAAGAGAUGCCCAGAUAUGUGGGACCCUCUCUCUUGAGUCCCAUGCAUAAGCUUAAGUAUGUGUGAAAGCCAAAUUAUGUGAUAAUUUGGGUAUUUCUGAAAACCACUGAAAAGCCAGCCAGAAUCUUUCAGAACCAUGGUAGACCACUAAAGAGUGAGCCCAUAAGGAGAGGCAAUGCGCUCUCCACCGUGGGUCACCUUUUCAAGGGACUGGAGUCAAUUUUCUGUGUGUAGGGAGUUUCCAGCAGUAUGGUUUGCAAGCCAGCCCUUCAGCGGUGAGAUGCUGUUUGACUCUACAUAGAAAAGCUGAAUGCAAACAUCCCCUUUGCUGUCAAUGGCAAGGAGCCGGAACUGUCAGCAAAGCUUCUCAACUCCCGCCACGCAUACCCUGAACAGGACCAUUCUGUGAGAGGACUCUGCCAGGCUGGGAGGUGUGCUGUAGCUGUUUGUGCUUUCUUCAGAGAACCCUCGUGUUCCUGUACUGGGGAUGCUCCCAUCACCUGGCCCUGCAUUCCUUUGCCCUCCUUGGAAAGGAAGUACUCAGAAGGUACCUCUGAACUGACCUCUCCAAGGGCCCCAGCCACAGGACAUACAGAUGAAAAGCAUUGGGGGUCUAACCAGCACCCAUGCUCCCAGAGAAGCCUUCAAAAGGAUUCUCACUUGGGGGACCCUCAUGUCAGAGCUCCCUGUGAGUUGAUUAGCCUCAGAGACCAUUGCCUUACAAACCCUGCCGAUACAUACCAGGGACCUUUCGAAAGCUGAUUUUACUCUGGAUGGUUACCUGAUGGCAUUUGCUCUUGCUUAGGAACUUUUUCGUGGAUCCUAGGUAACCAUGGGCUGACUGACCAGAGAGUUUCCUCCCAGUGGCUAUAGCUACUGCCGAGAAGAUGCUCUGCUGGGGCGUUGCUCUGCUCUCUUCUCUACAUCACUGAAAAAAAUAACUUAUUCUCUUGUCACACUGUGUUGACAAAAUCCAAGGCAUCUUGGUAAAGUGUGAAGGGUCUGGGUUAAGGAAACAAACAAGCAAAACAAAACAAGAAACAAACAAACAAACAAGCAAACGAAAACAGACCUGGGGGGGGGGUGAGGUAGACACAAAAGGGCUUGAGGACGUGCUCUUUCAUAAGUGGAAUACUUUGAGGCCAUGCACCUGGGUCACUCAUAUUAAUAACAUUUCCCACGACCCUGACUUGUGAUGUCCGCCUAAGUUUGUUUUCAUUCAGCAGUCCGGGAGGGAGCCACGCCCACCACCCCCACCGGGAGGCAGCAACAUUUGUAGCGAUUGAAAUAGAAAAUACACUAAAACCCAGCUGUGUUCACUUGAUAUACCCAAAGCUGAUCCGCUGCUCACCUGGGAUGCAGGUGCACACUGCUUUCGCCAGUCGGCCACCAGCAUUCAAACACUGAGUCUGCCCAAGCCCUCACCCUGCCAGUCAGAAACAAGUGACCUGACACCAGAGAACUUGGGGCUCACCUGGGGCUGUGAGCAACCUUUACUACUUUCAGUUUAUGUUUAUUAAUAAUAAAUAAGAGACUUCAUAUAAAACCCAUUCUUGGGGUCUGUGUGGCAGACUGUUACUGUUUCACAAUAGACAUUCGGGGAUAUAAGGGGACGGUCUGGCUUCUCCCUUGGUACCUGGUCUCCCAU